AUGAGCACCAUGUACCAGUCGGCGAGGCCCCCCCACGAUGGUCGUGCCAUCCACGGCUACCACCCCACCGCCAUCGUUCAUCCUCGUCGACCCAAAGCUUUGGCCGAGGAAGGGGGAUGCUCUCAGCAGUACCGCUAUCCUUCCCACGCCGGCCGAACGCACUUGACUGCCGCUCCUCAGGCCAUGAGCAACGCCAUCGCCAUGCCUGCACACAUGCCGACCCUGCUUCCUCCCACCGUCUCCGACCAGUCUUCCCAACCGUCGACGCCGAGCCUCGACAAGGCGGCCGCUGCCAAGCAGGAUGGCUCCGCCUCUCAAUCACAUUCGGACGCCCUGGUUUUCCACAGCCUCCAACUCCCCAAGUGCAUCAGUCCCAACGGCGGAAACCUGUCCGACUUUGCGGCACAGAUGACCUGUCUCUUCUGGUUCGAUUCCGUCGACAACUUGAGAAAGGCCGAAUCCGUGCCGUCGACGAAUGCCAACCUUUCGACGCCUCGACUUCCCAACUUGGCCAAGCCCUACGAGCAGUUUCGAAAAUGGGUGUACAAUGUCCUGUCGACGACGCAGGUGACGCAAAACGUCAUUUUCCUGGCGCUCCUCUUCAUCUAUCGUCUGAAAUUGUCGACGCCGCAGAUCAAGGGGCGAGCCGGCAGCGAAUACCGACUUCUCACCGUGGCCCUGAUGCUGGGCAAUAAGUUUCUCGACGACAACACCUACACAAACAAAACCUGGGCCGAAGUGUCAUGCUUCGCCGUGCAGGAAAUCCACGUCAUGGAGGUGGAGUUCUUGAGCAACAUGCGGUACAACCUGCUCGCUUCCAAGCAGGAGUGGGAAAACUGGCUCGGCAAGCUGGCCAACUUCCGCGAGCACUACGAACGGGCUCUCAAGCUGCCCGCCUCGCCCAUUCACAUUCCAUCCCCGACCAAGGUCUUUCACUCUCCCCUCGCCUCUCCCACGGGAGCGACGCAGCCAGCCAUGGCCGACGUGGCACCCCACACGCCGUCGGCAGCGCCCAGGCUCUCGCCGUCGUCCGGUCGCACCAAGAACUACGCGGCAUACCAAGCCGACGCCACAUCGCCGUUGGCUGCCAAGCCCGUGACGAAUGCCGCUUCGCGGAAGCGAAGUUCGGACGACGAUUUGGCCGACCAUCCGUCGAAACGGCACGUGGCCGGCCAGCUGGUGGCCGUGCCCGUCUUCAACCGCCCCGAGACGUCGAGGCUGCCCGUGCCGCAGCUGACGAUGCUUGGAGCGGCCGCGCAGAUGCCGACGAGCGGCUAUCCGCCCCCCUCGAACGCGUACAAUGCCGUGGCCGGCUUGGGUCAGCAUGUGCCCUCGCUGCCGCCGCUGCAAGCCGGCGCCCGUGCCGUCUCUUCGCUCUACGUCUCCUCCCCCACGACGACGAUGGCGCAGCUGCCCCCGAUGCCGACGGUGGUGAGCGUGCCGGGACCGUCGUAUCCCGUCGCGCCCUUGCCCAACCACGCCGCCAUGGGCUACGGCACGCCGACGAAGCAUCAAUCCCCCGGGGGCUUGCCGCCCUUUGGCUCGUCGCCGAUGGCGGAACACCUCGGCCCCGCCUCGGCCGUGCACACGCCCAUCCUGCACACGCCCAUCUCCAACUCGCCCAGCGUCUACCUGCAGCAGCGGGCCAGCCCGUACAAGCCCGUCCGGCACGUCAACAAGCUCCUCUACCCGCCGCCGUCGGCGUCCUUGGACCAGUAUCACCUGUCGGUGCCCAUGCAGCCGAAUCAGAUGCAUUACCAACCCCUCGGCCGACGCUACGAUGUGCGGACCGGCGUGGUGCCCGAAUUUUUGGUCGACAACAGGGUCCGCCAGCGGCUCCCAGCCCAGGCCGGGCAGCAGGGGCACUAUCCCUCUUAG